AAUUACCUGCUGCUUGCCUGCAGUUCAGCUUGCACUUUCCCAAAGGCACGACCUGCUGCCAUCCUGCAGCUGCAUGGGUGGAACAUCUGUUUUCUGCUGUUGGCCACUGCAAGCGCUGUAUCGAGGAAUAAUGAAGACUGCUGCUGUCAGUGCUGCCUGCAGUGUUGACUUGCUGGCACGGCGGACAUCCUUUCCUUCAGUUGCUGGGGAAUUGGCCGUGUGGCUGUCACACAUCAGCACAAAGUGAUUUCAAUGGAGCAUCUGUCAAUGCAAGCCCUGCCUGCAGACAGACUUAUUGACAGAGUUACUAUGUGGGCAAGCUGCUGUAACUGGUUCUGCCUGGAUGGCUCACCCGAGGAGAUGCAGGCGCCGCAGGGAGCCCGUGCCCAAGCCUACUCCAACCCUGGGUACAGCUCCUUCCCAUCACCCACAGCUGCUGAGCAGAGCUGCAAAGCGUGCGGGCUGCACUUCGACAGCUCCUCGAGGAAGCAUAUCUGCCUGGACUGUAAGAAGAACUUCUGCACGUCCUGUUCCAGCCAGCCCGAAGGCGGCCCCCUGCUCUGCCACCUCUGCCAGCGCGUCCGAGCCACGGCUUUCCAGCGGGAAGAGCUGAUCAAGAUGAAGGUGAAGGAUCUGCGGGAUUACCUGGCGCUCCGCGAGAUCUCCACCGAGCUGUGCCGCGAGAAGGAGGACCUGGUGUUCCUGGUCCUUGGCCACCGACCGGCGCUGAGCCAGGAGGAGCAGAUGAGAACAAACCCGUUUCACACUGGUGCCUCUGGACAGCAAGACUUUGUGAUUCUCCCACCGCCCAGCGCAGCCUCCCCUACCUCACACGACACGUCCCCAGUGUCUGCAGAUCCCAUCUCAAGCUCUCUAGCUCAGGAACACCGCGAGGGAAUUGGGUAUGUGCCUCCAAGCCAAGUUGGUAUGACAGGAGUUGAGAAUGCAGCAGAAGCACCAACAGAGGAGGAGACACAGUCUACUGACUCAGAAGAUAACCUGGUGCAGGGGAGGAAGGCUUCUCUUUCUGACCUAACAAGCAUUGGAGACAUCAGUGAGUUGUCUGUGCGACAGCUGAAGGAAAUUCUUGCUCGCAACUUUGUCAACUACAAAGGCUGCUGUGAAAAGUGGGAGCUGUUGGAGAGGGUGACUCGGCUUUAUAAAGAGAAAGACCUUCAGCAUCUAGUUUCUGACACCGAUGAUCAGACUGGUGCUGCUGGGCUUCCUGGUGUGGAGGACAACCUCUGCAAAAUCUGCAUGGACUUACCCAUAGACUGUGUCCUGCUGGAGUGUGGCCACAUGGUCACCUGCACCAAGUGUGGAAAGCGAAUGAGUGAGUGUCCCAUAUGUAGGCAGUAUGUGAUAAGGGCUGUCCAUGUCUUCAAGUCCUAAGCGUGCAUAAGGGAGACUGGUGAUGCCUUAAAGCCUCAUCUGCUGUUAGAGAAAGGGGUGAAGUUGCUACAAAAAGUUAGAGAUUAAGAUGCAGGCCCUGCUGGAAGCGAGGGAAGGAUGAAGCCUGGGGAACUGCCUACUCAAGCCAUGUUUGCCUGUGCUCUUUCCACCCUAUUGUUUUACACCACAGUGCCUGGACUCCCUGGAGCUUAUUGUCAGCAGCAGACAAGUAAUUAGCAACCUCCAUUCUAGAGUAACUGGAUCCACAGGUGGGACAAAUGGAUGCCUAGCUUUCCACCAUAGAUCCUGAAGGUUCCUGUUUUUCACUGAGUAAAAAACACAGUAAACUGUGGUCUCAAAGUGACACAUUUUGCUGCUAUUGAAUGUUGACUCUACUUCUGUUGUGUUGGGCAACAUUCCCACUGACAGCUUAGUUUUCAAGGAAUAAAAUCCUAUUUUUUUUAUUUUCCCCUAAAUUUAUUAGCUGCUUUUGCUUGCAGGACAGGCAGAUUGCCUCCAAUUUCCAUCUUCAGAAUAAGCUUAAUUCUAGCCUAGUAGGGUUAUGGAGAAAAUGUAUUGUUUUAUUUGAAGAUGGGCUUUGGAUUACUGAAAAAAAUAAUAGGUAGUGAAAGACUGUGAAAUACAGCUUUAGCCUGCCUGCAGUUCAUUGUGCCAGCAGGACAAGGAUGUACAGUCUGCUGCUGUUGAUUUCUUUGACUUUGUAGGUUUCCUUACAGUGCAGCUCAGCAGUCACUUCAUGUGAUUAAGGAGCUAAGAAUUCACAGCUUGAGCAUUUUAGAUUUUGUGAGCUAGAGUGAGAUUUCUAUUGCUACACAAUCAUAGUUAAGUACAGGUGAUGUUAGAGAGACUGGAAAGAAACUUUAUCUCCCUUGAAUCAAUAAAAUGAGAAGUGAUUGCAGAAGCUUGUUUACUCCAGCCCUGCUGCACUCAGCUUAGCACAAGUCUGUAUUUGGUGAUUGCUCUGCCUGUGAGGGUGGCUGGGUCUGUGGUGUGAUGGUGACAAUCACGAGCCUUUGGAGCCGUCCUGGUGAAGAGUUUGUUCUCUUGGAGGCCUUGCUAGAGAGAACAGAUGGGCGCACAGAGGCCUGCGAGGGCUGGGCUGUUGGGCUCAAAGUUCCAGAGUUUUGAUGCCUUAAGUUUUUGCCACUGUGGGACUGCGUAUUUUUUUCUGAGUGAUUCUGAACUUGAGUACCUUCUGCUGCAGGUUUUUCCUGCCCAACUUUCCCUUUUAUCAUGUGGAUCAAACUAAAUCUAUGUGUGGGUGUCAAGAGUGGAAUAGGAUGAAACAAGUCUUGGCUUAAAGCUUCUGGAGUAGUGGAAAUGCAGUUGCAGAAGUAUCAUUCAAGCCAUCUUACUAUCUAUUGAAGCAAUGUUAGAUAACAGCAAAUCAACUUUGCAAUAUUUAACGUGCAAUCUUUAAUGCUGCAUGAGUGGCAACACCCUCAGCUGGCGCAGAGCAGAGGGGCUCUGCUUUACAGGUGGCAAUUAUGGACUUAAGAUGAAGACAUCCAUCGUGCCACAGCUAACAACCUCACACUGCUGAGGUGGCCUCUGAGCUUCCUGACUAAAAACAGGACAGCUGUUGAGGCUUAUUCAACUCAAAAUACUGAGUUUUCUUCCCCUGUUGAGGUUGUUCUCUAAUACUUGGCUUAAGGUUUAACAGCUUCCAGCAUGAGAACUGAUGCAAUUCAACACAUCAUGUUCAAAAAGUGCAGAUAAGCAUUAACUAUUUACUCUUCAGGAGAUUCACAGGGAAAUCUUUAAGAGAUACAGAGAAUACACAAACAAAGCUUUGAACAGUCUCAUGGGUAAAUUCACUGUGAGAAUUCAUGUCAUUUUUCAAUAACUCAGGAUGGGGGCAUGUAGCAAGAUCAUUCCCCCGGGGGCAGAUCUGCUUUUACAGGGUAGAUUUAUUUUCUAUGGUAAAUACAUCAAGCUGCAAAUCGAUGGCAGAAAUUCUAUGACUGAGAAAAGGUACCCAUCUGAAGUCUGAGGUGUGCUUUCGGGAGGGAAAAGCACCUUUUUCUGACUACGCUGUUUUGCUUGUGUUAAAUCAAAAUCUGAAAGAACUGCUUAAUAAUCCGAAGGAAUAUAGUGAUCUGAACUAAUAAAUGGAGAUAUUUAUGUGCUUUAUGUACACUGUACAUAGUUUAAAUAUUUUAAAGUUAAUAUUCUACUUGAAAUGGCAUGUUAUUCUCUAUCAGCUCCUCUCGGUACUACGAUAGUUAAACUCACUAGUUUUGGUACAGAAGUUUGGUUUAUAAUUUUAUAAUAAAGUUAAAAUGUGAUUUAGUUAA